UAGCCACUUAUUAAUUUCCUGCCGUUGAAGUAUGUUCUUGCUUUCUCACUCUCUUUCUCUCCUUACGUGUCUCCUUUCAUACGCACAGACGAAAUACAUGGCAGACCAAAUAUCCUCCAUCGAUCCCUUAAAAUUGCUCAGAAUCAGCCUCAACCCAGAUGGCUCACUCACCCGACUCGCCCCUUUUCCCACAGCGUCAACCACCACCGACUCCAACUCAGCCCAACUCGCCCUCUCCAAGGACAUCCCUCUCAACCCCACCACCAACACCUUCCUCCGCCUCUUCCUCCCCCACCCUCUCCCUCCAAACCAAAAGCUCCCUCUCAUCAUAUACUUCCAUGGCGGAGGCUUCAUUCUCUUUAGCGCCACCUCACAGCCUUUCCACGAUUCGUGUUGCAGACUGGCAGCUCAAACCCCAGCUGUAAUCGCAUCCGUUGAAUACCGUCUCGCGCCUGAACACCGUCUUCCGGCGGCUUACGAUGACGCCAUGGACGCCAUCAUGUGGGUCCGGAACCAGGCCAAAGAUAUCAUCAACUCUGAUGCGUGGUUGAGAGAGUACGUAGACUUCUCACGCUGCUUUUUAAUGGGUAGUAGUGCCGGGGGCAAUAUUGUGUACCAUGCAGCUUUACGCGUGCUUGAUGUUGAUGUUGAACCGGUUGAGAUCCGAGGGUUGAUACUUAAUCAGCCGUAUUUUAGUGGGGUCGAAAGGACGGGAUCCGAGAUGAGGUUUAUCAACGAUCGGAUUUUGCCGUUGGCUGCAAAUGACUUGAUGUGGGCACUGGCCUUGCCAAAGGAUGCUGAUCGGGAUCAUGAGUAUUGUAAUCCGAUGGUGGGCGGGUCCCAUGAUGGGAAGAUCCGACGGCUGCCGAGGUGUUUGGUCAGGGGCUACGGUGGGGACCCAUUGCUGGAUAAGCAGAAGGAGCUUGUUAGGAUGUUGGAGGCACGUCAGGUGCACGUGGUGGCCCAGUUUGAUGAUGAUGGUUUCCAUGGUGUGGAGCUCUUUAACCCUGCGAAGGCUCAAUCUUUGCUCAUGGAUGUCAAAGAUUUUGUUACAAGUUGUGCAUCUGGCAGUAAUGAUCUUGCAGCCAGAUCUACCAUGUGAGGCUGUCUUCAUAUAUAUUAUAUAUAUAUAUAUAUAUAAUAAAUGGAAGCUCUUCCUGCAUUAGUGGUUGUUCAAUUGGCUCUCUCGACCUUCACAUGCUACUUCUUUUAUUUUAGAAUGGAUUCUCCGACGGUUAUUCUGACUGUCCAACAUCCAAAGAUCACGCAAUACUGAUGUAUUGCUUCAAUCAUAUCUUACAUCCAUAUAAUUGUUCCGCUCACUAUUAGUUGGUCAGCUAAUUAUGUUAAUUGAAGUAUAAAUUUCUGUGUCCAUCAUGUGACAUCUUGGACUGCAAUAAAAAUACUUCAUUUUAGCUGUAUUCA